AGUGAUGUAUGGGACGAAGUCACAGAUCAGCUGAAGGAUCUCUCGGGGAACAUAGAAGAAAAAAAAAAGGACAAAGAGGUCUCCAAACACUGCAGCACUCUAAACGAUAAAACUGGGAAGGAGGCCUGCCUCCUUAUUGCAGCAGGAUUGAAACACCUAUACGGCAUCUGGGGCGACGACGGCAAGGGGGACUCUGUUGAUGCAUCGUUUCAGAAAAUGAUGAAUUGUGUUUUAUUAAAUGCUAUUGCAGAUAAAUUAGAGAAUGAAAAAUUUCCAUGUAAGGAUGAAAGGAAAGUAGCCGAUGCGAUAAAGAAAGCAUUUGAGAGGGAGAAUGAAAAUAUUAAGAAUCAAAGUGAAGCUUGCAAGGCUGAUAAUGUUAAGUGUUUUAAGUGUCCGAGGGUUCCGAAUAUCGCCAAUUGCCGAAUUGGCGAGGAAAGUGAAAAGAAGGAAUUAAAGGACAAAGUAGAAGAAAUGCUCAAGAAGGACGGUGGUCAAGAUGAAAUGAAGAAAAUUGAGGCCCAAGCUAUAAAGGACAUAUGUAA